UUUGCGGUUAUGUUUAUAACUAUUUUAGUAUCGCAUGCUGCAUGUAUGAUGCUGUGGGAAUAGUAGAGACUCGACGCGAACACCGCACAACGACAUGCUGGUAUUAUUCAACAUCGAAAUUUACCGAAUACGAAUUAGGAAGUUCCAGGGAAAUAUGUUUCGGUACCUGGUCGGUCAUUUGUCUCUGCUAAUCUUGUUAUCAGGGUCAGCAAGGGCGGAUUUACAGAGUGAAGCUGUGGCAUUCACUGCUAAUUAUUCCACAGACGCUGCUGAGGUUUAUUACAAUUCAAGCCUUGCAGCGUGGAAUUACCAAACGGGUAUUUCGGAGGAAAACUUGAAUGCCAUGAAUGCCGAAAACGUUAAAUCUGCCGCAUUCACCAAAAUGUACGGCGAACAAGCAAAAGCAGAAUUUCCAGACACUUCAAAAUUGGAGGAAAGUGAACGGCGACAGAUAGACAGCAUCAAAAUUCUUGGGACGGCAAAUUUAAACGAGGCUGACUUAAACCAGUACAAUGAUUUAACUGGAGGUAUGGAAGCAACUUACAGCACAGCAACAGUUACAAUGCCCGACGGACGUGUUCUAAACUUAGAUCCAGAUUUGACUGCAUUGAUGGCUACAUCACGUGAUUACAAUGAGUUGAAAUACGCGUGGAAAGGAUGGUACGAAGCUGCUGGUCGACCAAUCAGAGACGACUAUGAAAGUUUCGUAACGUUGUCUAAUAAAGCAAGUGUCGCAGAUGGAUUCGCUGACACGGGAGAAUACUGGAGAUCUUGGUAUGAAAUGAAUGGUCAGUUAGAAGCAACCGUGGAUGCGCUGUGGGCCGAGCUACAACCGCUGUACACGGAGCUUCACGCUUACGUUAGAAGGAAACUGUAUGAAAAGUAUGGAUCAAACUAUAUCAACCUUAAAGCUCCAAUACCUGCGCAUUUACUUGGUAACAUGUGGGCACAACAAUGGGGGAAUAUAUAUGAUCUUGUUGAACCUUAUUCGGGUAAAACAGGAGUUGAUGCAACACCUGCCAUGCAGAGCCAGGGAUACGACGCAAUGAAAAUGUUUAAAACAUCGGAAGAGUUUUUUGUUUCAUUGGGAUUGGAUAAAAUGACCGAUGAAUUUUGGGCAAACACAAUGUUUGUAAAACCCACUGACCGAGAUGUAGUCUGUCACGCAUCUGCUUGGGACUUUUACAAUAAAGUUGAUUUCAGAAUAAAGAUGUGUACUGUGGUGAACAUGGAAGACCUUAUAACCAUACACCAUGAGAUGGGUCAUAUUCAAUAUUAUCAACAAUAUAAAGAUCAACCAAUACCAUUUAGAGGAGGAGCGAAUCCAGGAUUUCAUGAAGCGGUUGGUGACACGCUAGCUUUGUCUGUGAGCACGCCCAAACAUUUAAACAAAAUUGGACUUCUGGAUGAAGUAGAAGAAGAUGAUGAAGCCGAUAUUAAUUAUCUUCUCAGCCAAGCCAUGGACAAGAUUGCUUUUCUACCUUUUGGUUUGAUGAUUGACAAAUGGCGAUGGAGUGUUUUUUCUGGUGAUACCCCGAAAGCUAAAUACCAGGAAAAGUGGGAUCAGUUGAGAAAAGAUUUGCAAGGAAUAACUCCACCUGUUGAAAGAGAUGGAACAACGGACUUUGACCCUGGAGCAAAAUAUCACGUUCCUGCCAAUACUCCGUACAUCAGGUACUUUGUGAGUUUCGUUGUUCAGUUCCAGUUCUACCAAUCCAUGUGCAAUGCAAGUGGCCACCAAGGGCCUUUAUAUAAGUGUGACUUUUACCAAUCAAAAGAAGCUGGAGCAAAACUACAGAAAAUGUUGGAACUUGGCUCCAGCAAACCAUGGCAGUUUGCAAUGAACGAGAUCACUGGUUCUGCGGACAUGAGCACCCUCGCACUUCAAGAAUAUUUCAGUCCAUUGACAGCUUGGUUAAAGCAAAAGAACUUGGAAAACGGGGACACACCUGGGUGGACGGACAUGGAUUGGAGACCAAUGGGUUACAAGUUGGAAGAUUCUGUUGUUGGUUUCUUGGAUAGUUACAACUCAUCUGCUGAAGAUGUUUAUUUUAAAGCAGUGUCUGCUGAAUGGGAAUAUAACACAAAUAUAAAUGAUCAAACACAAGCAGCAAGUGGUGUGGCAAGCCAGGAGCAAGCGCAGUUCAACGCAGAACAAGCUGUAUUAGCCAAGCAAUACGACCCACUUGAUAUAAGUGAUCCAACAAAUACGAGGUUAAUUGAAAAACUUAGCGUUGUUGGCACGGGUGCUUUACCUGAUGCAGAUCUACAAGCUUUAACCGAAGUAAACUCGAAGAUGCAAACGAAAUACAGCACAGCAAAAGCGUGUGGGGUUGGUGACAGACCUCAAUCAGAAUGCAUUCCUUUAGAUCCUGAUCUUACAGCUAUCAUGGCCACAUCAAGGAAUUAUAACGAACUUCGAGACGCGUGGUUAACAUGGCGCGAUGCAAGUGGAUCAACGAUGCGCGAUGAUUAUAUUUCAUAUAUAGAUCUAGAGAAUGAAGCAGCCGUGUUGAACAAUUAUCAUGAUAUGGGUGAAUAUUGGAGGGCUGAUUAUGAAACACCAGAUAUUGAAGAACAGUUGGAAAAAGUUUGGCAGGAAAUGUUGCCGCUGUAUGAGGAGUUACACGCUUAUACACGAAGAAAGUUGUACAACUACUAUGGUGGUGAAGUUAUCAAUUUGAAAGGUCCCAUUCCUGCACAUUUGUUGGGAAACAUGUGGGCACAAAGUUGGCUUGACAUAUACAAUCUCGUGGAGCCUUAUAGUGGUAAAUCACGACCUGAUGCCACACCUGGUUUGCAACAAAAGGGUUGGAAUGCCGAGAAAAUGUUCCAUGUUGCCGAUGACUUCUUUGGUGACAUGGGGUUGAUGAAAUGUCCUGAUGAGUUUUGGAGCAAAACAAUGUUUACUAAACCUGAGGGUCGUGAAGUGGUGUGCCACGCUUCUGCUUGGGACUUUUAUAACAGAAAAGAUUUCAGAAUCAAAAUGUGCACUGAAAUUAAUCAAAAUGACUUUGUAACAAUCCACCAUGAGUUAGGACACAUCCAAUAUUACAUGCAAUACCAACAUCUGCCCGUGACGUUCAGGGACGGAGCAAAUCCUGGUUUCCACGAAGCAGUUGGUGAUACUCUGGCACUUUCUGUUGGAACACUCGAGCAUAUGUACAAGCUUGGUUUAAUUGAUGAACCAACGGAUGAUCUGGAAAGCGAUAUCAACUAUUUAAUGAGUGUCGCGUUAGAUAAACUAGCAUUCAUACCAUUUGGUUACCUUAUGGAUAAAUGGAGAUGGGACGUAUUUAGUGGAAGGAUAAGCAAAGCAAACAUGAACCAGGGUUGGUGGGAUUACAGGGUCAAGUAUCAAGGUGUUGCUCCUCCUCAAUCAAGAGAUGAAACCGAUUUUGAUCCUGGCGCGAAGUUCCACAUCGCUAAUAAUGUCCCAUACAUCAGGUACUUUGUAAGCACAGUUGUGCAGUUCCAGUUCUAUGAGUCUCUAUGUAAGGAAGCCAACCACACUGGGGAUCUGUUUAAAUGUGAUUUCAACGGAACCAAAGCAGCCGGAGAUAAAUUAGGUGCGAUGCUGCGUCUUGGAUCAAGCGUAAAAUGGGAGGAUGCUUUGGAACAAAUCACUGGCUCCAGGGAAAUGACAUCUGCAUCGCUUGUUAAUUACUUUACACCACUCUUGAACUUCCUUAAAGAGGAAAACAAGAAAAAUAACGACGUAGUUGGUUGGCCAGAUUACUCGUGGGAACCCCCGACUAACACCUUGAGUGGGAACGGGAAGGUCUUACUGGAUAAUGCGGGCUCCACAGCCAAGCCAAGCUCUCUCACGUUUAUUGCUUUUGUGUUUUUCUUGAUCACACGAGUAUUAUUGGAGUAACACGGCAGCAAAAUUAAAGAUUGGUUAAUCUAAUUCAAGCUAAUUAUCCGACAGUCUACUAUAUAGAUUAUCACUGCGUGCUGUAUGAAGCGGUAACUUUAAGCACUAUGGUUAAUAUCAGUUGUGUUUAUAUUCCACAUACUGAUCCAAAGAUCAUAUCUACACCCCUGAUGCUUCUCAAAUAUUCAAGGCGCUCAUUUCAGACUUGCCAAAGUCGAAAUUUGAUUUUUAAGACCUUCGAAGUGGGAUGCGAAAUGUAAUCGCAGAUUCGCGCGUCUUUUUAAUCAUGCAAUGUGUUUAUUUCUAAUUCGAAUCAUCUCAUAUUUUGUUUCUUGUGAAUUAUCGGAAUAUAUUUGACUUCCUAAUGUUGUAAAUAUUCAAUAAAUAAUUGUGACUGCGAAUUC